AUGGGUAUUUCUCGUGAUUCCCGCCACAAGCGCUCGGCCACCGGUGCGAAGAGGGCCACCUACCGCAAGAAGAGAGCUUUCGAGAAGGGUCGUCAGCCAGCCAACACUCGUAUCGGCCCCAAGCGAGUUCACCUUGUCCGCACCCGCGGUGGAAACACCAAGUACCGUGGUCUCCGUCUCGACUCCGGCAACUUCUCCUGGGGAUCCGAGGGUAUCUCCCGCAAGGUCCGCGUGAUCGUGGUCGCCUUCCACCCUUCCAACAACGAACUUGUCCGUACCAACACCCUCACCCGUUCUGCCGUUGUCCAGGUCGACGCCGCCCCCUUCAGACAAUGGUACGAGGCACACUACGGCCAGUCCCUUGGCCGAAGACGCCAGCAAAAGUCCGAGGUCCCUGAAGAGAAGAAGAGCAAGAGCGUCGAGAGCAAGCAGGCUGCCCGAUUCGCCGCCUCUGGCAAGGUUGAGAAUGCUUUGGAGCGCCAGUUCGAGGCCGGUCGUUUGUACGCCGUUGUCUCGUCCCGCCCCGGCCAGAGCGGUCGUGUCGAUGGUUACAUCUUGGAGGGUGAGGAGUUGGCAUUCUACCAGCGUGCGAUCAGGAAGUAA